CUGCUGUGGGUUCGUCCCCAUGCUCUCUUGGGCUGAGCAGGGACCAGUGUGGCAGAGCGGCCGGCACACCUCGGGCUGCUGACGCAGGGAGGCCGCUGGACACGCUGCUCCUGGGACCCUCCUGCUCUCCAGCUAGAGGAACCCCGAUACUCUGAUGGAUCUGAGGCCCUGCUCGCUGCUCCUGCUCUGGACUCUGGUGGUUGCCCUUGCUCUCCUGGCCCAGGAGGUGCUGGCCCAACGUAUUUACACCAACACCUGGGCCGUGCUUGUCCCCGCAGGGCCCCAGGAAGCUGACAGGCUGGCCAGGAAGCAUGGAUUCCUCAACCUGGGCCCGAUCUUCGGUGACUAUUACCACUUUCGGCACAGCGGCGUGGUGAAGCGUUCCCUCUCGCCCCACCAGUCCUGGCACAGCCGCUUGGCCAGGGAACCGCAGGUGCAGUGGCUGGAGCAGCAGGUGGCAAAGCGCAGGACCAAGCGAGACGUGUUCAUGGAGCCCACAGACCCCAAGUUCCCACAGCAGUGGUACCUGUACAACACCAACCAGCGGGACCUGAACGUGCGUCAGGCCUGGGAGCAGGGCUACACGGGCAAGGGCAUUGUGGUUUCCAUCCUGGAUGAUGGCAUUGAGAAGAACCACCCUGACCUGGAGGGCAACUAUGAUCCAGGGGCAAGCUUUGAUGUCAAUGACCAGGACCCAGACCCGCAGCCCCGCUACACACAGAUGAACGACAAUAGACAUGGCACGCGCUGCGCAGGGGAAGUGGCUGCUGUGGCAAACAAUGGGAUCUGUGGUGUUGGCGUGGCUUACAACGCCAGGAUCGGAGGCGUGCGCAUGCUGGAUGGGGAGGUGACUGAUGCUGUGGAGGCCCAUUCCCUGGGCCUCAAUCCCAACCACAUCCACAUCUACAGUGCCAGCUGGGGCCCCGAGGAUGAUGGCAAGACUGUGGAUGGCCCAGCCCGGCUGGCAGAGGAGGCUUUCUUCCGAGGAGUUAGCCAGGGCCGAGGGGGGCUGGGCUCCAUCUUCGUCUGGGCGUCCGGGAACGGGGGCCGGGAGCACGACAGCUGCAACUGUGACGGUUACACCAACAGCAUCUACACGCUGUCCAUCAGCAGCACCACGCAGUACGGCAACGUGCCCUGGUACAGCGAGGCCUGCUCCUCCACCCUCGCCACCACCUACAGCAGCGGCAACCAGAACGAGAAGCAAAUCGUGACGACCGACCUCAGACAGAAAUGCACCGAAUCACACACAGGGACGUCAGCCUCGGCACCCCUGGCUGCUGGCAUCAUCGCCCUUGCCCUGGAAGCCAACAAGAACUUGACCUGGCGGGACAUGCAGCACCUGGUGGUGCAGACAUCAAAGCCAGCCCACCUUAAUGCCAACGACUGGGUCACCAACGGCGUCGGCCGCAAAGUCAGCCACUCCUACGGCUAUGGCCUGCUGGAUGCCGGGGCCAUGGUGAACCUGGCCAAGAACUGGACCACAGUGGGACCUCAGAGGAAGUGUGUCAUCGAUGUCCUCACAGAGCCGAAGGACAUCGGGAAGCGCCUGGAGGUGCGGCGGAAGGUGGAUGCCUGCCUGGGGAAAGCCAACUACAUCAGCCGGCUGGAGCACGCACAGGCCAGGCUGACGCUCUCCUACAACCGGCGGGGGGACCUGGCCAUCCAUCUUGUCAGUCCCAUGGGCACCCGCUCCACCCUGCUGGCUGCCAGGCCCCAUGACUUCUCGGCCGACGGCUUCAAUGACUGGGCCUUCAUGACGACGCACUCAUGGGACGAGGACCCCUCCGGGGAGUGGGUGCUGGAGAUUGAGAACACCAGCGACGCCAACAACUACGGCACACUGACCAAGUUCACACUUGUGCUCUACGGGACAGCCACCGAGUCCCCCAGCCUCUCCAACCAGCUGGAGAGCAGCGGCUGCAAGACCCUGACCCCUAGCCAGACCUGCGUGGUCUGCGAGGAGGGGUACUACUUGCACCAGAAGAGCUGCCUGAAGCGCUGCCCUCCCGGCUUCGCCCCUGGUGUGCAGAGCACGCACUACAGCCUGGAGAACAGCGUGGAGCCCAUCACGCCCCAGCUCUGCCUGCCCUGCCACCCCUCCUGUGCCACCUGCGCUGGGCCCGGCCCCAACCAGUGCCUCACCUGCCCUGCGCACUCCCACUUCAGCAGCCUGGACCUCUCCUGCUCCCACCAGACGCAGAGCAGCCGCGCAUCCCCUGCCCUGGCAGACGGCGAGGGGCUGGCCGAGGCCCCCCCUACGGCCAACCUGCCCGUCCUCAUUGCCAGUCUCAGCUGUGUCCUCAUCGUUGUCAUAUUUGUCACCAUCUUCCUGGUGCUGCAGGCGCGCUCAGGCUUCAGCCUGCGGGGCGUGAAGGUCUACGCCCUGGACAGCGGGAUCAUCUCCUACAAGGGCCUCCCCUCUGACAUCUGGCAGGAGGAAGGCCCCUCUGAGUCGGACGGUGAGGAUUACGAGGCCCACAGCGAGAGGACUGCCUUCAUCAGAGACCAAAGUGCCCUUUGAUGAGCCCUCCCGCCCCUCCCUCCUCCCUGCCCAGCACCACAGGGCCGGGGCAGGUGAGGUCGAGGGGCCCCGGACUCUGUCCCCGUCCCCCUCCCGCACCCCAGCAGCCUGGGGCUCCCCCACCAUCGGCACCGUCCCUUGGCCCUGGCCUGGGCUGCCGGGCACAGCCCUGCCGGCACCGUCCUCAGCUCGGCACCGUCCCAGUCCCACAUCACCUCUCUUGGCCCCGCAUCCACCCUGUGCUCUGCGCUGGGGUGCUUGAUGGCAGCAGGGUCCCUGGCACUCACUGGCCCUGCGCUGGCAGCCCUGUCCCCUGCCCCUGGGCAGCUGCUGCUGGGGCUCACAUGAGUCCCCUGGGGUGGGCAGCGCACGCGGUCCCUGGGUUGUCACUGCUCAGGCUGGGCUGGCUGGUGCAGGGCCACCUCUGCCCCGCUGGGCCUCUGCCUGUGUCCCUCCUCAGCCUCUGGUUCCCCGCCACCUCCCCAGGGCCUGUCCGCCUCCACCCGUGCCCUUCAACAGCAAUAAUGGCCAGGCCUCAGCUUCUGCUGCCUGCUUGCCCGCUGUCGACCGUCCCACCGCGGCCGCAGCUGCCUGCAGCCUGGACAGGAGCCCCCCUGCACCGGAGAGCAUGGGGCAGGGCAGCGCCUUUCCCUCUGCCCGAGGUUCAGCCCCCCCAGCGCAGGCAGGGACCCCCUCGCACAGACCCUGCUCUGGAGGGCUGCCCCGGGCCCCCUCCUGUCCCCAGGCAGGGCUGUGCGCUGCAGGCCGGGGCAGUGGGGCAGCGGCGGUGCCUGCGCUGCCUCAGCUCUGCCUGCUCCUUGCCCCUGCCAGGCCGAGCCUGGCCCCCCUGCAGCCCCUGCCCCCCGACGUGCCUUGCCCCCACUUGGUGACAAUCCGUUUUGCUCCCUGCCAGAGGCCCUUCCUGGCACCGCCUGCCCUCGCUGCCCCUUCCCCGCGGGCUGGGGCCAGUGCCGUGAGCCCCUCCACCGUCCGCCACUGCACACCGGGGCCGUGGCACGGGCUCCCACCUGCCCCGUGCCAGCGCCAGCCCGGGCUGCUGCGGACGGAACCGCCAGCCGGGGGCCACAGGACUAUUUUUCUAUAAUAACUUUUUGGUGCACAGUAAUUUUUUCUUGUAAUUUAAUCAGCCGGGAGCUGCCUCCUGAGCCUGUUUUUAAUUUAAUGGAUGUGGAUAUAACGCUAGAGAGACUGAGUUAUUAAAUGUUCAGAACUAUGCAA